AUGAGUCCGUCGGCUGAGGCGCCGAAGACGGCGGUCCAGGUCCUCCCUCUCACACCCUUCACACCCGAUCUCUACGAGCGCGCCUGGUGCUCUGUACCUCACCCCACGCUGCCGCUCAUUGCGACCGCAUAUGCCAAAUCAGUCAAGAUAUUCUCGCUCUCGUCGCUUUCCUCCCACAGCACCCUGACAGGAGGCCACACCCGCUCCAUCCGCUCGGUAGCUUGGAAACCCAACCUCCCUCCUCACCAGCUGUGCCUCGUCACCGGCAGCUUCGAUUCCACGGCCGGACUUUGGCGCUGGGACGGCGAACUGCCAUUUUCCGGUGACGGCGAUGCUGCGGCCGCAGAACCCCUCGAGAUCGACCUGAGCAAGGCGGCGCGUCGCUCUCUCGACAAUGCGGACAGCGAUGGCGAGAAGGACUGGGAGUUCACUCUUGUCCUCGAGGGUCACGACUCAGAGAUCAAGGGCGUCUCCUUUGCGCCGUCCGGCGCGUACCUCGCCACGUGCAGUAGAGACCAAACGGUAUGGAUAUGGGAGGAUGUGGGCGCCACCGAGGGGGACGACGAGUGGGAGACGGUCGCCGUGUUGAACGAGCACAACGGCGACAUGAAGGGCAUCGCGUGGUGUCCCGACGUGCCGGGACGCAACUCACGGAGGAGAUACAGCGCCGACGUCCUUGCGAGCGGCAGCUACGAUAACACCGUCCGCAUAUGGCGCGAGGACGGCGACGGAGAAUGGGUCUGCGUGUCGGUGCUGGAGGGUCACGAAGGCACCGUAUGGGGUGUGCAAUGGGAGCAGAAACCGAGAGAGGACGGCGCCUUCCCAAGGUUGCUCAGUUACUCCGCCGACCAGACAAUACGGAUAUGGACGCUGCAGGUUGAGGACGAGGAAAAUGAGACGGGUGGACGUGGGGGCUUUGGCGGUGGAUUGAGAGGCAUUCCCAAUACCAUGCGGAGAUCGCUGCGCGAAGAAUGGGUGUGCACAGCGAUCCUGCCCAAGGUGCAUACGCGUGAUAUUUACUCGGUAACUUGGAGCGCGACAACGGGGCUAGUGGCCAGCACGGGAAGUGAUAGCAUCAUCGCGGUGUACCGGGAGGACGAGAGCGAGGAACGCAAGACGGAUGAUGCCGGGGACGUCGUAUCGAUGGAGAGCGAUGCAAUUCCUGCAGGUGGAAAGCCGGAUGAUGUACCAGUGGGAUCGAACAAGUGGCGCGUCGUGGCAGAGGUGCCCAAUGCCCACGGCCCGUAUGAGGUCAACCACAUUACAUGGUGCAAACGAUACGAUGCAGGCUCGGAGAGGAAGGGCGUCGAGGAGAUGUUGGUCACGACCGGAGAUGAGGGAUUGGUCAAGCCUUGGCAGGUAAUCCUGUCGUAG